UCUAUAACAAUGCACGUUUCUCUCCCCAUUCCAUGGCUGCUCUUAAAACUGAAUUUUAAAGACUUUUUAACACAAUCGUUUAACUGGCUAACUAUGCAGAUAGAAAUUUCACAGAUAUAGCUUAUAUAGCAUGUAAUUUUCAGAAACAUUUAGACUUUGACUAAAAUAUCGAGACAUUAAAAAGAGGAUAAAUGGAUGCUGCCAAGUCUACAUUAAAUGGUAAAAGAAAACGUGAGGAUGAAGAUACUAAGGGAGAUAAUACCAAUAAAUGUGUUGUCCAGGAGGGAUUUUCUUGGUGGACAGGUUUGAUGUACGAUAUGCCAAAAUCCAUGACAAAACCACAACCUGUAGAGAAAAAUUCAAAAAGUUGAUGUCUUCUUAGUAUUAGGGCUGCAUUUUAGAUAUUUAGUUGUAUGUUUGAUGUGUUGAUUUGAAUCUUUUUUUGAUUAUUUUUUUUACUUUGAGAAUUUUUGUAACAAAUCAUUAAAUGCUUUUUAUUUCAUUCUGUCAAUGUAUUCCUAACAUUACGUAAAGGUCAAAGAUCAUCUAUCUAUGCAUUUUAUACACAAAUAGACACACUCAUCAAUUACAAAGUUUAUAUUCUACAACAUUACAGUCAUUUGUAUAUGACUUGAAAACAUAAAGACUUGCUAGUGUUUAUUAGAUACUUUUUGUCUUUAUAAAAUACAAACUUAUCAACUUGAAAACAAGGACCGCUUGUAAGCAGUAAUUAGUACUAUUACAAUCAGAGGGAUGGAAAAUAUUAAUGAGGAUCCUUUGCCAGAAUGUUCAUUUACCAUCUCGGGGAAAAUUGUUCCAGUGCAACAAGAAAAGGACACACUCAUAGCUGUAGAUAAUGUUGAAUUGAAUGAACCUGCAAUUGAGCUCCCAUGUAAGCCUGAGAAACCUUCAGACGCUGACUGUUGUGGAUCAGGAUGUAUUCCAUGUGUGUUUGAUAUCUAUGACCAAGAAAUCAAAAUUUGGGAACGUGAAUGUGCAAGACUAAGGAAUAAAGCUGUCCCUGGUGAGGAUGACUUGUUUAAAGAGAAGUCAAUGUUAUCAGAGUUGGAAUACAGAAAAUUUACAAUAUCUAAGGUUUGGCCAGAGACAGGAGAUACAAACAGAUACAGAUUCAAGCUUCCUUUUGACAGAGAUCUUGGUUUAAAGAUUGGUCAGCACAUCAUAGUCAGGGGAAGAAGUUUAAAUGAAACAAUUACAAGACAGUACACACCAAUAACUGACAUAACCACCUCUGGUCACUUUGAUCUUCUAAUAAAAAUUUACAGAGAUGGAAAGAUGUCAAAGAUAAUCAGCCACUGGAAAGUUGGAGAUGAGGUAGAAAUUAGAGGACCUUUUGGAUCACUGGAAUAUGUUCCUGGAAAAUACAGAUAUAUACUGAUGCUAACUGCAGGGACAGGCAUUGCUCCUAUGUCUCAGGUUGUACAAGGUAUACUGAACAACGAAGAAGAUGAGACAUUUAUACACCUUCUCUAUGGCUGUCACACAUAUAAAGAUAUAUUGAUGAAGAAGGAAUUAGAUGAGUGGGCAGGCUACUGGAAUUUCUCUGUCACAUAUGCUUUAAGCCAGGAACAGGGGAAGAAUUAUCAAUAUGGAGAUAAAGUUUGUGAGAGAAGAAUUGAUGAGACUUCGAUACAACAGGAAAUCAGUGGUAAAACUAUGGAUAAGUUCAUGAUUCUAAUUUGUGGAACUAGGUCAUUUGAUGAGGAUAUAAUGAAAUGCUGUGAAAAUCUAGGAUUUAAUCAAAAACAGAUAUUUAAAUUUUAAAUAAUAUGCUUACCUAAGAAAACUGUUCACUGGUUUCAUAUGUCUACAAGAAAUUUAGAUUCUCAAGGGAGACAACUCAUCAUAAGUGAUGUCAAUUAUAUUUCUAUUCGAAAAUGUGAUUACCAAUUUUUCAGGGGAAAUAUUUUAUGAACUAGACUAUUGACCAGUCUUUCAUUUCAUCUUUCUGAGACUGUCAGGUCAACCAGUGUGUACUUUUCAUUAAAGAACAAAUCAGAUUCUUCAUGUUGAUAUGAUUUAUAGGAGAAAAACAAAUGAACAGAUUGACUUUAAACAAGUUUUGACGAUACAAAGUUGUUUAUCCGAACAAAAUAUCAGUCUUUGCCCUUACUUUGAAUCCAUUUGCUGAAUUGUAUUAAUGGUAUUAAUGAAGGUAGAAAUUUUAUUCAGUUUGCAAACUUCUGUAUGUAAUCCGUUUUUUUUCCUUAUAAUGAAACACUUUCAAUAACUAUCAAUCAGAAAUAAAUGACUGCAAAGAUUAUGUAGAGUUAUUUCCCCUAUUCCAUAAGACUAUACUUAUGGAAUUUGUAAUACUAACAAACUAGAAAAAUUGCAACUUGAAUCUGCAAGAAUUGUAACUGGCUUACCAAUAUUCACAAAUAAAAAUAAUAUUUACAAAGAAAUUGGAUGGGAAUCUCUUCAGGACUAUCGCAGAAGAAGAAAACUGCAAAUGUUAUAUAGAGCGUAUGGCAGAAACGGCCCUAUUUAUCUUUGUGAUUUUAUUCCACCAUAGAUACAAAGUACAACUUCAUAUCCAAGCAAUGGUGACCAUACUAUGUUACCUAUUUGUAGGCUUUUGAAAAGUAGUGACUCAUUUAUUUCAUCAACUAUUAAGCAAUGGAAUAAAUAAUACAUAUCUGCACCAAAAACAGAAAUGUUUUCAAAAUUUAACAAUAGAUUAAAAAAGGAGUAGGAAAUAAAACUGUGCCUAGUUACUUUGUCUUUGGUCCACUCCACAUAAACACACACACGCACACACAGAGAGAGAGAGAGAGAGAGAGAGAGAGAGAGAGAGAGAGAGAGACACACACAGGCAUACAUAUAUGUGCAUAUAUUUUUUCUCUUCCUUUUCUUCCUAGUUUUCCCUUUUCUAUAUUGUUUGUUAAUAUGUCUUUUAAAUAACAGAUGUCUGAUAAGAAUUAUGUAAUAAUAAAUUUCGUGUUUGCAUGUUAUGAAAUAUCAUUGAUUAAUAUUGUAUUUUAGGAGAAGAAGAUCUUAGUUGGACUAACUUGUGUCUAAUCCUUUUUGUGAUAUUUUGAAAAUAAAAUAUGUUUAAAUUUAAUCAAA